AAGCCCCUGAAGUUGUGAGUGCCUGGCCUUCUGAGUAGACAUGUGCUGAGGGGUCUCUAAGAGGGCUGGGGGCGUCAUUCUCAUGCGGGACUUCAUGUCUUUGCAAUUGAGAAGCCCCUGAAAUUGUGAGAGCCUGGCCUUGUGAGUGGCCAUAUGCUGAGGGGUCUCUUAUAGGGCCGGGGGGCUUCUAUCUCAUGCGGGACUUCACGUCUUUGCAACUGAGAAGCCCCUGAAAUUGUGAGUUCCUGGCCUUCUGAGUGGCCAUACAUUGAUGGUUCUCUAAUAGGGCUGGGGGGCUUCUAUCUCUUGCGGGACUUCAUGUCUUAGCAAUUGAGAAGCCCCUGAAAUGGUGAGUACCUGGCCUUCUGAGUGGACAUAUGCUGAGGGGUCUCUAAUAGGGCCGGGGGGCUUCUAUCUCGUGCGGGACUUCAUGUCUUUGCAAUUGAGAAGCCCCUGAAAUUGUGAGUGCCUGGCCUUUUUAGUGGCCAUAUGCUGAGGGGUCUCUAAUAGGGCCGGGGGGCUUCUAUCUCGUGCGGGACUUCAUGUCUUUGCAACUGAGAAGCCCCUGAAAUUGUGAGUUCCUGGCCUUCUGAGUGGCCAUACAUUGAUGGUUCUCUAAUAGGGAUGGGGGGCUUCUAUCUCUUGCGGGACUUCAUGUCUUUGCAAUUGAGAAGCCCCUGAAAUUGUGAGUGCCUGGCCUUCUGAGUGGCCAUAUGCUGAGGGCGGUCUUAUAGGGCCGGGGGGCUUCUAUCUCAUGCAGGACUUCAUGUCUUUGCAAUUGAGAAGCCCCUGAAAUUGUGAGUGCCUGGCCUUCUGAGUGACCAUACACUGAGGGGUCUCUAAUAGGGCUGGGGGCAUCAUUCUCAUGCGGGACUUCAUGUCUUUGCAAUUGAGAAGCCCCUGAAAUUGUGAGUGUCUGGCCUUCUGAGUGGCCAUACAUUGAUGGUUGUCUAAUAGGGCUGGGGGCGUCAUUCUCAUGCGGGACUUCAUGUCUUUGCAAUUGAGAAGCCCCUGAAAUUCUGAGUUCCUGGCCUUCUGAGUGGCCAUAUGCUGAGGGAUCUCUUAUAGGGCCGGGGGGCUUCUAUCUCGUGCGGGACUUCACGUCUUAGCAAUUGAGAAGCCCCUGAAAUGGUGAGUACCUGGCCUUCUGAGUGGACAUAUGCUGAGGGGUCUCUAAUAGGGCCGGGGGGCUUCUAUCUCGUGCGGGACUUCAUGUCUUUGCAAUUGAGAAGCCCCUGAAGUUGUGAGUGCCUGGCCUUCUUAGUGGCCAUAUGCUGAGGGGUCUCUAAUAGGGCCGGGGGGCUUCUAUCUCGUGCGGGACUUCAUGUCUUUGCAAUUGAGAAGCCCCUGAAGUUGUGAGUGCCUGGCCUUCUGAGUGGCCAUAUGCUGAGGGCAGUCUUAUAGGGCCGGGGGGCUUCUAUCUCAUGCGGGACUUCAUGUCUUUGCAAUUGAGAAGCCCCUGAAAUUGUGAGUGCCUGGCCUUUUGAGUGGCCAUACAUUGAGGGGUCUCUAAUAGGGCCAGGGGGCUUCUAUCUCAUGCGGGACUUCAUGUCUUUGCAAUUGAGAAGCCCCUGAAAUUGUGAGUGCCUGGCCUUCUGAGUGACCAUACACUGAGGGGUCUCUAAUAGGGCUGGGGGCAUCAUUCUCAUGCGGGACUUCAUGUCUUUGCAAUUGAGAAGCCCCUGAAAUUGUGAGUGCCUGGCCUUCUGAGUGACCAUACACUGAGGGGUCUCUAAUAGGGCUGGGGGCAUCAUUCUCAUGCGGGACUUCACGUCUUUGCAAUUGAGAAGCCCCUGAAAUUGUGAGUGCCUGGCCUUUUGAGUGGCCAUAUGCUGAGGGGUCUCUUAUAGGGUUGAGGGGCAUCUAUCUCAUGCGAGACUUCAUGUCUUUGCAAUUGAGAAGCCCCUGAAAUUGUGAGUACCUGGCCUUCUGAGUGGCCAUAUGCUGAGGGCGGUCUUAUAGGGCCGGGGGGCUUCUAUCUCAUGCGGGACUUCAUGUCUUUGCAAUUGAGAAGCCCCUGAAGUUGUGAGUACCUGGCCUUCUGAGUGGACAUAUGCUGAGGGGUCUCUAAGAGGGCUGGGGGCGUCAUUCUCAUGCGGGACUUCAUGUCUUUGCAAUUGAGAAGCCCCUGAAAUGGUGAGUACCUGGCCUUCUGAGUGGCCAUACAUUGAUGGUUCUCUAAUAGGGAUGGGGGGCUUCUAUCUCUUGCGGGACUUCAUGUCUUUGCAAUUGAGAAGCCCCUGAAAUUGUGAGUGCCUGGCCUUCUUAGUGGCCAUAUGCUGAGGGCGGUCUUAUAGGGCCGGGGGGCUUCUAUCUCAUGCAGGACUUCAUGUCUUUGCAAUUGAGAAGCCCCUGAAAUCGUGAGUGCCUGGCCUUCUGAGUGGCCAUAUGCUGAGGGGUCUCUAAAAGGGCUGGGGGCUUCUAUCUCUUGCGGGACUUCAUGUCUUUGCAAUUGAGAAGCCCCUGAAAUUGUGAGUGCCUGGCCUUCUGAGUGGCCAUACAUUGAUGGUUGUCUAAUAGGGCUGGGGGGCUUCUAUCUCUUGCGGGACUUCAUGUCUUUGCAAUUGAGAAGCCCCUGAAAUUGUGAGUGCUUGGCCUUUUGAGUGGCCAUACAUUGAUGGUUCUCUAAUAGGGCUGGGGGGCUUCUAUCUUUUGCGGGACUUCAUGUCUUUGCAAUUGAGAAGCCCCUGAAAUUGUGAGUGCCUGGCCUUUUUGAGUGGCCAUACAUUGAUGGUUCUCUAAUAGGGCCGGGGGGCUUCUAUCUCAUGCGGGACUUCAUGUCUUUGCAAUUGAGAAGCCCCUGAAAUUGUUAGUGCCUGGCCUUCUGAGUGGCCAUAUGCUGAGGGGUCUCUUAUAGGGCCUGGGGUGUCAUGCGGGACUUCAUGUCUUUGCAAUUGAGAAGCCCCUGAAGUUGUGAGUGCCUGGCCUUCUGAGUGGUCACACAUUGGUGGUUCCCUAAUAGGGCUGGGGGCGUCAUUCUCAUGCGGGACUUCAUGCCUUUACAAUUGAGAAGCCCCUGAAAUUGUGAGAGCCUGGCCUUCUGAGUGGCCAUAUGCUGAGGGGUCUCUUAUAGGGCCGGGGGGCUUCUAUCUCAUGCGGGACUUCAUGUCUUUGCAAUUGAGAAGCCCCUGAAAUUGUGAGUGCCUGGCCUUUUGAGUGGCCAUGCACUGAGGGUUUCCUAAUAGGGCUGGGGGCAUCAUUCUCAUGCAGGACUUCACGUCUUUGCAAUUGAGAAGCCCCUAAAAUUGUGAGUGCCUGGCCUUGGGUCUAUUAUAGGGCCAGGGGGCAUCUUUUUCAUGCGGGACUUCACAUCUUUGCGAUUGAGGAGCGCCCAAAAUUGUGGUGCCUCGCCUUCUUGGUUGCUAUUGAUUGACUGAAUGAUUGUAGACUCUUUGCGACCACAUAGUCUCUCAGGUAUGUUCUGUCUUCAAUUUGGCCUUUAAGGUCUCAGUGGUGCAUUCAUUGAUGCUGAUUUUGAGUCCAUUCACCUUGCUGCUAGUCGUCCCCUUCUCUUUCUUUCAACUUUCCCCAGCAUUAUGGACUUCUCAAGGAAGCUGUGUCUUCCCCUUUUUCUGUCCGAAGUAUAAUAGUUUUAGCCUGGUCAUUUCUGCCUCCAGUGAGAAUCCUGGAUUUAUUUAUUUGAUGAUCCUCUUUUUUUCUUGGCUGUCCAUGAUGUCCUCAAACGUCUUCUACAGCAACAAAGUUCAAAAGCGUCAAUGCUUUUUCUGUCUGACUUCUGCAAUGUCCAGCUUUCACAUCCAUAGAGUGUCAUGGGGAAAAGCACUGUCCGAACAAUUCUAAUCGUUGUAGGUGUAGACACGUCUCGACAUCUAAUAUGCUUUCCAAGGCCUUCAUUGCAACCCUACCAAGUGCUAGUCUGCGGCGUCUUUCUUGACUGCUGGAUCCUUUACAGUUCAUGGUCGAUCUUAAAAGGCAGAAGCUAUCCACCACUUCAGUGUCUUCAUUGUCAAUUCUGAGGCUGGUUGCUGUACCAGUUGUCAUUCGUUUAGUCAUUGUCCCAUUUUUUUCGCUGGGCUCCUUGACUUUCAUUACAAGAGCUUGCAGACCAUCCACAUUCUCAGCUAUCAGAUUGGUGUCAUCAGCAUAGCACAGGUUAUUGAUGUUUCUUCUUCCAAUGUAAAAACCACGAUCAUCUUCCAGUCCAGAUUGUCUCAGUAUAUGUUUAACAUAUAAGUUGAAAAAAUAAGGAGAAGGUAUACUGCCUUGUCUUAUUCCUUUGCUAAUCAGGAACCAGUCUGUUUCAUACUGGGGGCCCCUAAUUUGGCUGGGGUCUUUCUCAUGUGGGAUUUCACGUCUUUGCAAUGGAAAAGCCCCUAAAAUCGUGGGAUCCUGGCUUUCUUAGUGGCCAUACACUGAAGGUUCCCUAAUUGAGCGGGGGUGCUGCUUUCAGAUGUUGGACUUCAUGUCUUUGCAAUUGAGGAGCCCCUAAAAUUUUGGGAGCCUGGCCUUCUCAGUGGCUAUACAUUGAGGGGUUCUUGACUGCAUAACUUCGCCCUUCAUCCUGUGAGUGAGGUGGCAUCUCCAACCUGCUCCUACCAUCAGCUUCGCCCACGGAGGAGGCAAGAGAUGGUGGAAGUGUGGCAUCCCUGACCACUUCAAGCAGCGUGGUGUGCUGAACAGGCUUUGCUUUGGCUGAAGGCACCAGGUGAGUGGACUCUGAUCAAGCAAGGAGACAUGGCCUUAAGCUUUAAGGUUUCAUUCUCCUUGGUCUGGGCUCUGGGAUGAACAGAGCUAGUCCUCAAAAAGCCUUUCAAAAGAGAGAAAAGAAUAAAAGUCUUUAAAAAGGUUUGUUUGUUGUUCAGAAUGCGAAGGGGAGAAAAGACAGAAGAAAUUAGUGCAGAAGGAGGAAGAAAACCAUGCAGAAAGGAGCAAGAGGAGACAUGCAAAGUGAAGAAGUUGGCAAUUUGGAGGAGCUGACAUGUUCAAGAAGCUUCAGCAAAGAAAUGGGCAGGUUGUGCUUGCACAAGUGGGAUGGCUUCACUGCUGGCUUUCUCUCUGCCAUGGAUCACUCUGAGUAGGGCUGAUUUACCUGCAGCAUGGCUUUCUCGUGCUGGACUUCAUGUCUUUGCACUGAGGAGCCCCUAAAACUGUGGGUGCCUGGCCUUCUUAGUGGCCAUACACUGAGGGGCCCCUGAUUUGGCUGGGGUGCGGCUUUCAGAUGCUGGACUCCUUGUUUAGAAUGCAAAGGGGAGAAAAGACAGAAGAAAUUAGUGCAGAAGGAGGAAGAAAACCAUGCAGAAAGGAGCAACAGGAGACAUGCAAAGAGAAGAAGUUGGCAACUUGGAGGAGCUGACAUGUUCAAGAAGCUUCACCGAAGAAGCGGGCAGGUUGUCGAUGCACAAGUGGGAUGGCUUCACUGCUGGCUUUCUCUCUGCCAUGGAUCACUCUGAGUAGGGCUGAUUCUCCCUCUGUUCGGAGGAGUAUAUCCACCAUCCUUCGGUUACACUCCUUCCUCCUGAGGAGGAUGACUUUCAGGUAGGUGUCAACAUUUCAUUUACCAGCAGCAUAGUCUCCUCAUGCUGGACUUCAUGUCCCUGCAGAGACUAGCCUUUAAUUUGGCUGAGAGGUGGCUUCCUCAUGCUGGACUUCAUUUCUUGGUACUAAGGAACCCCUAAAAUUGUGCGUGGCCUCCUUAGGCUGUACUUAAUAUCUAUUCAGUGAGUAUCUCCUGAUUUGGGUGGGACAUGGCUUUCUCAUGCUAGACUUAAUGUCUUUUCGCCAGACCCACCCACCCCUGCCUGGUCUUUUGGUACUGCUUUUUCCUGUUGGACUUUACAUUUGUUCUUUGAGUAUUUCAUUUAAAAGGAUGGCAGCAGCUUCAAUCCUGGCUUCGUGACUUUGCUCUUUUUCUGAGUGAUGGUGAAGUGGUACCUCCAAGCUGCCCCAGUCACAUUCUUCAGUUUGGUCUGCCCUGCCCACGGAGGAAGCAAGGGAUGCUGGGAGUGUGGCAUCCCUGACCUCUUCAAGCAGUGUGGUGUGCUUUGCAGGCUCAGCUGGCUGAAGGCACCAGAAGAGAACAGGAGAAAGACUGAAGAAGCGACUGCGGACCAAGGAGAAAGGCCACCAGAAAGGUGCAGCAGGAGCCCUGAAACCUGGAGAAGCAGGAGAAGAAGACUGGCCAUCGAGAAGCAGGAGAGGAGGGACGGGCAGGCUCCCCUCCUAGGAGCUGGCGGGCUUCAUGCUUGUCUUCAUGACGGAGUGGCAGUUCUGUCGCAUUGAAAUAUCCCCACUCCGCUGUGGGGCAGCUUCGACACGAAGAUGGUGGCUGUCUCCAAGGGACUCGAAUCUUCUGUGGCAUCUGAAUAGUGGCACAGCCCUGUGAAGCAGCUUAGCCGGCCAGCUGGUGGUGCCCUCCCAAGAGCGGCACGCGUGAGGGGCAGUUUUCUGGCAGUUCCGUCUUCAUGCCUCUGCUGUUUCCUGCUCUGAGAAGUCCCCGAGAUUCUUGGAGUGUGGUUUCCUCCAUGCCUGGCUUGAUGUCUCUGCUCCGCAUUGCUCAGAGCAGCCACUGAGAUGACUGGAGAGCAGCUGACCUUGGGUGUUUCCGGGGGUUUAUCAGGAAUGGCUUCCCUUGCCCCCAUUAUUUCUGUAUGCUGCUUGCAAUAUUGUCUAAAUACAACCUUAAAAUACUUUAACAACUAGAACAAAAAUAGGUGUUAAAUAGGAUAAAAUCUAAAAACAAAAACUAGUGUAGUAUAACAUAAGAAAUAGGAUAAAAUCUAAAAGUAUAAACUAGUGUAGUAUAAUAAGAAAUAGUUGUUAGUUUAAUAUGGAAACUAGUUCAAAGCCCUUUCAAAGCAGAUUAAAUAUUUUAGACCCAUCAGCAUAUUAAAAUAUUCCAAGCAGCAUAUAGAAAUGAUGAGAAAAGUACACUGAUACUAAAAGCCUGAAACCCCAGAACACAGGGGACUUAUUCCUCCCAGGAAUCUCUCAGGUAGCUCUUGAGUGUCUCCAUCCAAGCCAGGCUGGCUGCCCUUGGAAACCUCUUGCUCUGAUCAGCCUCCCAGGUAGCUGGAAGGAAUAUGGCUUGUGUGGCUUUCUUCCUGCCUGACUUCAUAUCUCUGCCCCAGGUUGCUCCAGCUUUUCAGACCCCACUGAAGACUGGCUGCUUCCCAAGGAGCCUGCAUACCCAUUUGGUGCUCUGAGCAGUCGUUUGAGCUGCGCCCCUGCCCCGUCUCCGGCCUCCUCUCCACUGCCCACGAGGCAGCGUUCCAUCUCUGACCACCACUCCGUUCAGCCUGGCAUGCUGGGCAACUGCCAAUGGACAAAAGAAAUGACUGCAGAGAGAGAUGAGCAACAGGAGACCCAGGAUCAGAAGAAGUUGGAGGAGGAGACCAGGAUGAAGACUCUGUGAGAUGAACUUCAGGCUUGCAGGAUGCUGAAGAUGGUAUUUCGGAAGAGCCAUAAGCCAAACCGAACGACAGGCCAUUUUUCUCCAGCGAUCUUUGUGGGAAAUGUCUGCAGAGCUCUCUUUCCAAAGCUUUUAAAAGGCAACUGACCUCCCCGGUACAAAAGUGGCUGUCACAACAUCCUGGUGGCAAGGAAUUCCACGGACUGACAAGGCAUUGCAUGUAGAAGUAUUUCCUUUUGCCUGUCAUGAACUGGACCAGCAUUUUGAAGACAGCUCUUACCUGUUGGCUUGCCUUGCCUUCCCCUUCAUAAGAACAGCCCUGCUGGAUCAGGCCCAAGGAAGCCCAUCUAGUCCAGCAUCCUGUUUCAUACAGUGACCCACCAGAUGCCUCUCGGGAGCCCACAGGCAAGAGAGCAGCACCGGCCGAGGCGGUCACGUUCAGCGUGAAGCACUCGGACGGGGUCGAGGUCGACAUCGUUAGCAGCGGCCAGUCGGAGCCGGCGCCAGGGAAUGGCGGGAAGCAGUACCCGCUGGACCCCAGGACGAUCCUGCAGAUCCGAAUGACCCAGCCCAGCACCGAAGCCAACGACAACAAAGUAACUGUGGGCUACUACGGAGAGAACGGUGGCCACCCCAUAGACCAAGCUGGUAUUUUCCUGACUGGCGUUGCAAUUUCACUGGACGUCGAUGCAGACCGUGACGGGGUGGUGGAGAAGAACAACCCAAGGAAGGGCACAUGGACGUGGGGUCCAGACGGACAGGGUGCCAUCCUGCUGGUCAACUGCGAUAAGGAGAGCUUCUUCAGCAUUGCCGAGGACUGCCAGGAUGAGAAAGUUUACUGCAAGGAAGAUCUGGAGGACAUGUCCCGCAUGGUCUUGAGAACGCGGGGCCCCGACAGGCUGCCUCCUGGGUACGAGAUGGUUCUCUACAUUCCUAUGUCCGACUCUGACAAAAUAGGAGUCUUUUACUUGCAGAAUCCCUUCUUUGGCCAGCGUUACAUCCACGUCCUGGGCCGAAGAAAGCUCUACCACGUCGUGAAGUAUACGGGGGGCUCUGCAGAGCUGGAGUUCUUCGUGGAGGGGCUGCGCUUCCCAGAUGACAGCUUCAGCGGGCUCGUGACGGUCCAUGUCAGCCUUCUGGAGGCCUUGGCUGAGGGUAUUCCACAGACCCCGAUCUUCACAGACAGUGUCGUCUUCCGGGUUGCUCCGUGGAUCAUGACGCCUAACACCUUGCCACCUGUCAAUGUUUUUGUGUGCAGCGUGAAGGAUAACCAUCUCUUCGUCAAGGAGAUCAAGAGCUUGGUGAGCAAAGCCGGCUGCCAGAUGAAAGUUUGCUCGCGGUACAUGAACCGCGGAGACCGGUGGAUGCAGGAUGAAAUUGAGUUUGGGUACAUCCAUGCUCCUCACAAAGGCUUCCCGGUGGUCCUGGACUCCCCGAGGAACGGAGGCCUUCAGGAUUUUGCUGUCAAGGAGAUUUUGGGCCCAGAUUUUGGCUACGUGACCAGAGAGCCCCUGUUUGAGGAGGUCACCAGUCUGGAUUCUUUCGGCAAUUUGGAAGUCAGCCCUCCGGUGACGGCCAACGGGAAGGAGUAUCCUUUGGGGAGGAUCCUCAUUGGAAGCAGCUUCCCCACAUCCGCUGGGCGAAGGAUGACGAAAGUGGUCCGUGAUUUCCUCUGUGCCCAGCAAGUCCAAUCACCCGUGGAGCUCUAUUCUGAUUGGCUGACUGUGGGUCACGUGGAUGAAUUCGUGACGUUUGUCCCCAUUCCUGGCAAAAAGCAAUUCCGGAUGCUCAUGGCCAGCCCUUCCGCCUGCUACCAGCUGUUCCGACAGAAGCAGAAGGAAGGCCACGGUGAAGCCAUCAUGUUCAAAGGAUACACCGGCACAGACACGAAACGCGUCACCAUUAACAAGGUCCUCUCCAACGAGAUCAUGGUGCAGGAGAACCAAUACGUGCAGCGAUGCAUCGACUGGAACCGAGACAUCCUGAAGAAGGAGCUGGGUCUGCAGGAGAAGCACAUCCUCGACAUCCCUGCCCUCUUCCGGAUCGACAAACAAGGCAAAGCCAUCGCCUACUUCCCCAACAUGGUCAACAUGAUCGUGCUGGCCAGGGACCUGGGCGUCCCGAAGCCCUACGGCCCCAUCAUUGAGGCCGAGUGCUGCUUGGAGGAAUACGUCACCUCCCUCAUGGACCCCCUGGGGCUGAUGUGCACCUUCAUCGACGACAUCUCCUCCUACCACAACCAGCUGGGAGAAGUCCACUGCGGCACCAACGUCCAGCGGAAGGCCUUCGCCUACAAGUGGUGGCACGCCUUGCCCUGAGCGGCCGUGGGGAGGGGAGGGGAGGAGGAGAAUCCCAGGGCCGGAACUCCAAGGAAGGGGGUUCAGACAACCCGUUCCCCGCCUGGCCCUGGGCUGCCCACCGCGAGUGGCAAAUUGGGGUGUCUCUCAGGGGUCCACGGAGGCCCAAUGGACUCUACAGCCAGCGCCCGCUGGAGAGGCUGUAGGGGCCAACAGGCCGUGGGGCCGAGGGGGAAAGGGUUGUCUGAAUCCUCCUCUGAGAGAAGCUGGUUUUCCUGCCAGCUUGCUUCUUUGCUUGGAGUUGCCUGGGGAGGUUUUGGAGUUCGUUAGGGAGCAUCAUAAGGCACUGUUUUGUUUUCCAACAACUUUGCGCCUACUGUGUGUGUGUGUGUGUUUUCUUCUUCUUUCCUUUUGCCUGCUAGUCAACAGGUGUGCCGGCUUCCUCUUCUCGAGCACGCAGCAAGCCCCAAACCCAUUCCAUUGUGUGCAUUUGUGUGUGUGUGUGUUGGAGGCAUUGGAGUUUAUGGCAGCUGGAGGCGACAGUCCUGGUUUGGGGGCAUUAUACCAGAGAGGGAUUUCACGAAGCCACGGAACAGAAGCUGCUGCAUCAGAGUUCAGAGGGGCAGGGAUUUGAAACCAUGGUAAUAAACAUGCGGAAAGCCUUCAGUGGUCUUUUCUGCAAAUGUGCCUUUCA